AUGAAGGUCACUGUCAGAUUAUCAACAGAGUCCUCCUUCACCGUUACUAUACCAGACAACUCCACCGUUGAAGACUUGAAAACCAGCAUCAAGGUCAACAGCACGACCCAGCAACCCGUAGCCAAGGACUUCAAGUUGAUCUAUAAUGGCGAAAAGUUACAACCGCACUCAAAGCUGUUGCUGUCGUUUGGCAUGACUCCCGAAAAGGACCCACUUAGUGUCAUCUUGAUGUCCAAUAGCACCGACACGCCUCCAAUCUCGCCCCAGUGCUCAUCGACAGAUUUGACCUCCCCCUCUGGCACUGCCACCCCCACCACAAUCAAGAAGCCCAAGAAGAAAAACAGAUGCAGCUUCAAAAGCUGUGUGUCGGCACCUCUAAGAAUGGUGGGCCAUUGUUCCCACUGCCAGGGGAAGUUCUGUGCUAAGCAUAGGUUGUUGGAGGACCACAUGUGUGUUGGCUUGCAGUUUUGUAAAGACCGUGCUCAUGAAUCUAACGCUUUGAAAUUGCAAAGUGAAAGAACCAUGACCAGCAGAGUUUAA